CCCGCCAGGGAGCAACAGUUGAGCUUCACUCUACUCACCAGCUUGCUGCUUCACAAAUGCCUCCCUGCCUCCUCUCCGCCCGUCCUCCCUUUCCAUUCAUCUCCUGCCGCGUGUCCACUGAAGCAGUGCGCACACCUUCACCUCCUUCUCUCCCUCUAAACCCUCCUACAACCGCCCUCCCCUCUCUAACGUGCGCCCUUCAGUGCCCUCACUUCCAAUCGUGCUCCGGUUGCACGCACGAGUUCAAUCUCCACCGUCGGCCCAUCGUCGACGAGGCUACUGAUUUCUUCAAGAGUCUCGGUGUCUCAGAUUUCACUUUCGAUAGCUGUAGACUGUACGGAUGGAGGUGUCGAGCCAAACUGGCGGUUCGUGGGUCGUCGAUGAGCCCUCUGAUUGGGCUUUAUCAGGAGGGUACUCAUAAUGUAGUGGAUAUUCCCGACUGUAAAGCUCAUCAUCCUCGUAUUAAUGCUGCUGUUGAGCUACUGAGACAAGGAAUUAAACAAUUGAAUGUUGAGCCAUACGAUGAGGACCAGGGGACAGGUGAUUUGAGAUAUGUGCAGAUGGCUGUGACAACACACAACACAUCCAUUCCUGCCUCAGAAAGAUACAGAAAUGGCAAAGUACAAAUUACUUUAGUUUGGAAUUCGAGAAAUGAGAAAUCUCCUAAUUCAGACAAAUUAGAUGCCUUGGCCUAUUUCUUGUGGAGGAAUGGUGGGUCAAGGAGCAAUGACCAUUAUAUUCACUCUGUAUGGGCCAACUUUCAGACAUCAACUAAUAAUGUCAUAUUUGGGAACAGAUGGAGACAUCUUUUAGGAGAGAAUGACUUUUGGGAACAUGUUGGAGGAAUUGAUAUAUCCUUGGCACCAUCUAGUUUUGGUCAAGCAAACACAAGGGCUUUUGAUAUCUUGCUACGGAAAUUACAAAAGUAUGUCCCUUAUGGAGCAUCUGUCACUGAUUUGUAUGCAGGAGCUGGUGUGAUUGGAAUUUCAUUAGCUGCCUCUAGAAAAUGCAGGUCUGUAAGAUGCAUUGAGAUUAACAAAGAGUCAAAGCUAUCUUUUGAGAAGACAGUUAGCCGCUUACCCAAAUCAGUGGAUAGCAGCAUCAGCUGGCACAAUGCAGACACUUCAAUUGAACCUCUUUCCUGGCUUGUUGGAUCAGAAGUGCUAAUUGUUGAUCCUCCUAGAAAGGGACUGGACGCAUCUCUUCUUGAUGCAUUACAAACUAUCUCAUCAGUGGAGAAAAAAGCUAAAUCAUCAUCAGAAAGUGUAUCCCUAAAAGAAAAAGAGGAAAAGAGACCAUGGAUUUUACGUGCGAGGGAGGCUGCAAGUGAGUCUUCUGUUCAAGUUGGAAACAAAAUAAAUUCGGAGGACAGUCAAUCACUUCCUCAAACCCUCAUUUAUAUAAGCUGUGGAUGGCAAAGCUUUAAAGAGGACUGCAAGUCAUUGUUGUCUAGCAAGAAAUGGCAUUUGGAGAAAGUCCACGGUUAUAAUUUCUUCCCUGGCACCCAGAGCAUUGAAGUUUUGGCUGUCUUCAAGAGGGGUCAAGGCCAAGGCCUCAAGAAAAAGAAAUCUGGAAAGAAGAAGAAGAAGAAAAGCAUGUGAUUAAUAUUUUUGCCUGGGUUUUGCUGCAAGUUUUGACAUGUCC